UGCGCGGUGUCGUCAGCGCAGUGUGUGGAAAUUUGACCGAGAGACAGCAGUUGUGUCAGGGACAACUUAAACCGAAUACAGUCGCACUGUUUGGAUUCAACCACCAACCAAGCGAGCUUUUACGCCACAACGCGACCGGCAUCGUCCAGUUUGUAAAGAUUCCUACCAACAGCAGGGCCUUGACAAUGGGGUGAUUGUGUCCCUCCAGUCCACUCAUCAGCAACAAAAACAAGACAGCAGACCUCCUGAUGUCAGAAGAUUCAGACUCCAAGCACUACUGCUUUUCAAUGCUGGAGGACCAGGAUAGUGCUCCAGCACGCAGAGCGUCCACAUCGUGCAGCUCCAUGCCAAGGAGUGCCUCAGGAUGCAGUUCCAUGGCACAGCUGCAGAGGAUGAAUGGCUACAGCCAAGGUGGAGCUGACCUCGGCAUGCCGUCGGAAGGCAGCGACAGCAGCGGUCAGGAACCUCCCACGUUGCCACGCAACCAUCGCAAAAGCGCCCGCUCCCGAUCACUCCCGGAGGAAGACGCGGAAAUGAAGAGUACCGGGUCCAGCGGCAGCGGGAGCGGCAACGAGAGCCACGGAAACGAGAGCCACAGCAAUGAGAGCAACAGCUUGGAGUCGGUGCGCAGCUCCAACAGUACCAGCAAAGAUUCCGCUUUGCUGGAGUCUUCUGAGAGCAACAAGAGCUCCAACUCCCACAGUCCAUCUCCCCCCAGCAGCUCCAAUGCCUUCAGUUUGCUGAGCUCCGAGCAGGACAACCCGUCCACCAGCGGCUGCAGCAGUCAAGAAUCUGCCAAAGCCAAGACCCAAAAAGAGCUGCUAAAAACUCUCAAGGAGCUGAAGCGUCAUGUGCCGGCCGAAAAGAGACACAACAGCAAGUCCACCACGUUGAACACCCUCAAGUACGCCCUGCGCUGUGUCAAGCAGGUGGAAGCUAAUGAGGAGUACUACCAGCUGCUGAUGACCAAUGACAGUCAACCAUCAGGCCUGGAUGUUUCCUCCUAUACCAUAGACGAGAUAGACAGCAUUACUUCAGAAUACACCCUUAAAAACAAUGAUAUUUUUGCUGUCGCCGUAUCGCUCAUCACAGGAAAGAUUGUGUACAUUUCCGACCAAGCCGCCUCCAUCCUUAAUUGCAAAAGGGAAGUGUUUAAGGACACCAAGUUUGUGGAGUUCUUGAUCCCGCAGGAUGUCAGCGUGUUCUACAGCUUCACCACACCGUACCGUCUGCCCUCUUGGAGCAUGUGCACUGGAGCUGACUCAUCGCCGCCUGACUGCAUGCAGGAAAAGUCCUUUUUUUGCCGUAUCAGUGGCGGUAAGAAAUGUAAGGACGAACUGCAGUACUACCCGUUCCGCAUGACGCCAUACUUAAUGAAGGUCCAAGUCACAGGUCAUGCUGAGGACCAGUUUUGCUGCCUCCUUCUGGCCGAGAGGGUUCACUCUGGUUACGAUGCACCCAGGAUACCCACUGACAAACGCAUCUUCACCACCACACACUCUCCAAGUUGUGUGUUCCAGGAUGUGGAUGAACGGGCGGUCCCUCUUCUAGGGUACCUCCCACAGGACCUGAUUGGCACGUCGGUCCUCCUUCACUUGCACCCCAAUGACAGACCAAUGAUGCUGGCCAUUCACAGAAAGAUUCUCCAAUACGCAGGGCAGCCAUUUGACCAAUCGUCUAUCCGAUUCUGCGCACGCAACGGCGAGUACGUCAUCCUUGACACCAGCUGGUCCAGUUUCGUCAACCCCUGGAGCCGCAAGGUCUCCUUUGUUAUCGGGAGACACAAAGUCCGAACGGGACCUGUGAAUGAGGACGUAUUUAUGGCCCCAGUGGUGGCCACAGCUGAGCAGAAGACCAUGGACUCCGACAUCCAGGAGAUCACGGAGCAAAUUCACAGGCUCCUCCUGCAGCCGGUUCAUAACAGCGGGUCCAGUAGCUACCGAAGUCUGAACAGCACUGACCCACGACUGGGCAUGACCUCCUCCGGGGAGAACCUCAACAAUGGCAAUUGUAGCAAGUUCCAUUUAGAGGAGGAGGAAGUGAGCAGUAAAGACAGGCCGCGAACUUUUCAGGAAAUCUGCAAAGGAAUCCAUCUCCAAAAGAGUCAGGAGCAGAGCAAGAAAGUUCAUAUCAGAGAGUCAGUGCAAAAGAGCUUAGCUGUGGUUCGACCCAAGGACUGUGCCGCUCUCCUCAACUCGAAGGAGACCGCAACACAGAUGGAGGAGAGUAGGUCAUCUUUCCAUGAAGAGAUGUCAUUGAACGAUCAGACGGUCUACUCCUACCAGCAGAUCAGCUGUCUGGACAGUGUUAUAAGGUACUUGGAGAACUGUAAUGUCCCCAUCGCUCUGAAAAGGAAAUGCCAGUCCUCCUCUAACACCACGUCCUCUAACUCCGAUGAGGACAAACACCAAGGGUGUUUCACCAUGCAGGUUUCUGAAGAACCCGCAUUGUUGAAGGAUCAGUCCGGUCUCUCCGCUUUAGAAGACAAAAAACCCAGUGAUACGUCCACAGCGGUAGUGGGCACUUCGCUGCCCCUACCUUUACCUAACAAACCAGAAAGUGUGGUGUCCAUUACAAGCCAGUGUAGCUACAGUAGCACCAUAGUACAUGUUGGGGACAAGAAACCACCGCAAGAAUCAGAGAUCAUAGAAGAUAUCUCAGGUGCAGGUGAGACUGUAGAAUCUGCCCAGAACCCUGUUGCUCCACCUUGUGCCGUGGGACCUCCCUGCCAGGAGAGGGAGUCUUACAAGAAACGGGGCUUGACCAAGCAGAGUCUGGCUGCCCACACGCAGAAGGAGGAACAAGCCUUCCUUAACCGCUUUAGGGAACAUCGCAAACUCACAAACCUCAACGCCAACUGCUCGCAGUACCUGGAGCGCGGAAAGGAAAAGGUCGCCAGUGACGCGGCCCCAGCUGCCCAGCCCAGAAAGCAGAGUGGUCCAAACGCAGCACGGCGCAGUGUCCGCAAUAAGAAGACCAAAUUAAAGCGAGCCAAGCAGACCGAGUCCUCUGACAGCACGGCGUCACACCCAAGUUACCACCACCACCACCUGCGAGCUACCCCCCUCAACCACGGCCUUAACCCCACCUCCUGGUCUCUUUCAGACACGCCCCAGUCCACAUUCCCCGUGGCCUACCCUGCCGUAGUCCCUGGUUAUCCGCUCCAGGUUUACCCCAGAGCCCCUUCCAUAUUUCCCCGCACAGAUGCCACUGUGCAAGGCUUCGCUGACAAUCAAGGAGUCCCCGCUCCGACUUGCCCACCAGGCAUCCAUCAAACACCUUAUACGGCACCCAUUGUCACCCCCUACAUGGCUGUGGUUCUCCCCAACUUCAUGUACCCUCCCAUGGCCCCUGGACUUCCACCCCCGCAGCCAGUGUACCUCCCAUUGACUGGGGGCUUCUCCAGCCAGGCACAGGCUUUUUGUCAACCGGCUUUUCCGCCACAUGGAACCUUCAUGAUGCCGCCCCCAUUUAGCGCCCAGACUCCGUUCAAUGCCCAGAACUCUUUUGCCCCCAAGGUGGGCUACAUGACGCCGUCCUUCUACGUCCCUCCAUCCUCAGAAACCCAAAAAGCUCCUGUGGAGGGGCAGUCUCGCUCUUCAACACCACAGUCUGGAGUAGGACGUGGAGCCAGGGCUUCCCCUCCGCUCUUCCAGUCUCGCUGCAGCUCCCCUCUAAACCUACUGGAACUGGAGCUGUCCGUGGACCGGCAGGACUGCACGGUGCUGUCCCCUGGAGGACAAGGCGGCAACGCAGUCGAACGGGACAAGGGAGCAGGCGGCGUGCAGGCCAAAGAGAUGGAGCUGACACAGCCAUCUCUCAGUCUCCUUGGUCCACCUGGACCGUUGUAUAACGAGGGCACGUCCCGUGUCUCUGAGAGUUUGUCUUGGGAUAAAGUGUUCUCUAGGCUGCUGGCUUGCAGCUUUGAGGUGUCUCCCGGCGACGACAACAACAGCGAUGCCAACUCGUGCUCCAGCGACAUGUUGGACAUUAUCCUGCACGGGGACUCGUGCUCGGGCACAGGCUCGGCCACCUCGGGGUCCAUGGGCUCUAGGUCCAACGGCUUCGGAACGUCGGCCAGCGGGACGUCCAACAGCGGAACAUCUAAGAGCAGAAUGUCGGCCAGCGGGACAGGUGUGCUCAUUUCUGUAUCUUACGCAAUACGUAGUCCGAACUUUUGCCAACGUGUGUGUAUUCGCCUCACAGGUAGCAACAGCAGUAAAUACUUUGGCAGCGUAGAUUCGUCCCAGAAUAGCCAGAAGGUGAAAGGUCACUCGAGCAGCAGCGAGAUGGAGCAGAGCGACCACGUCAUGAAGUACGCGCUGCAGGAUCCAAUAUGUCUCCUCAUGGCCAAAGCUGACAACAAGGUGAUGAUGACCUACCAGCUCCCCUCUCGUGACAUCCAAAAGGUUCUCCAAGAGGACCGCAAGAAGUUGAGGCUGAUGCAGAAUAGUCAGCCGUGCUUCACCGAGGAGCAGAAGAGAGAGCUGAUUAAGGUCCACUCCUGGAUGAAGAAGGGAGGUCUGCCCAAAGCCAUUGAUGUCAAGGUCUGCUCCUGCUGCGACAGCGCCAUUGAUUCGGCGCCAGCGGACAACUUGCCGGACUUGGACCUCGCGGACCCCGAGCCUGCGGAGCUUAGCCGCCACAGGACGGACGCCUCCCCUCCUGGCUCCUGCACUAAAGACUUUAAACUAGACUUUAAACACAAAGCCACUCAAGACUUUGCGUUCUCGUGACAAAGAAGGGGGCGACCCCAUGUUCAUCAUUCCAAAAUAACUUUUAUGCUGUAAUAUAGUCUUGAAUUUUUGUAGAAUUGUAAAUUUUUUUUUUUAAUGAGUGCUCGCUAUGAUACAUUUUCUCUAUUUCAAAAUGUGCAGCUCUUUAUGGACGCUGCAGGCGACGUACAGAUGGAGCGCAGGAAGGGAAAUGUUAAAAGUAUGGCAGCCGCAGUAAGUGAGUUCCUACAACACUUUGCUGCUGCAGGCUAAGGAGAACCAUUUGAAGGCACAAGUGCACUUUGCAGGGCGGCGUUGGAGGAUGAGGAUUCGUGUUGAUCUUUAUGUCGCCGCCCUUUUAAUUCAUUCAUUUCUGUUUUUUCAAAUUGCCUAAUAAACAAAAGUGAACCACU